AUGAUGAACUUUCCCUUCGCUCACGUGGACAACCCAGUGAUUCGCGACGCCCUCCGCAUCAAACCAAUAAACAAGAAGACCCUUCUGAAGCGGAUGGUGUCGCUUGUUGGUGUCGUUGACGUCAAGGUCUGUGACAAACUCACGGGGGAGAAGUUUGUACUUGUCUUCGGUGGCUUUACGGACGCCGCGGAACAUGAGAUCGCCAUUUUCGACGAGACCUCCCAAACCUUGUCGGAGCACAUCGCCUUCCCGGACCUGGUCCUCGAUCACUAUGGCUUGCAUGUAGCCAACAUGAUUGCUAUUGUGGCGGAUAAUAUGGAGACGAAAAAGGCGAUUGCUCAUCGCAUCAACGUGUCAAUGAUUGUCUGUGCAGCCCACCGCUUCAACCUCGCUGUUCGACAAUGGAUCGAGCCGAACAUGCCUAUCAUCAAAGAGAUGAGCUCGCUGAUGAAAAGGCUGAAGACGCGCAGCGGCUGUGACAUCGAGCGGGAAGAACACGAAGACGACGAGGCAAACGAGGUGUCGAGCCGUGACAGCAGCACAGGAUUGCGCCGGAUCCCGCUGGUGUAUCUGAUACCUUCGGCAGGAGAGCAGAGGAAAAUUGCUGAGCUACUCGACGAAAUGACCGUUUUUGACGUGAUCACGACUCGACUUCAACGCCAGGACAUGACCAUCACAACGGUUCGGGGCACGUUCGAUGUUGUUAUGGAAGGGCAUGGUGCUGGCAUUGUGAAAGUGCAAAGCGGCUCGGAGAAGACGCUGCUUGCGGCGGAGCGAAAGGCUGUCUCGCGUUUGCUGCGUUCGCAACACUCGACAGCUCCCCAACCUAUCGACGCUCCUCCGACAGCUUUCUCCAAGCGAAAUGCGUUGCGCAAAGCGCUUCUUCUCCAUGGUCAAGAGUUCCGUGGGAUACCUGCGGAAGAGCAUGAGCGUGCUUACGUGGAGACGGUGAUGUUUUACAAGCUGAACAGGGACAUAGUUACCCUGGGCUCGGUGUCGGUGGCGAUUGAGGACUCCGAUGGUGCGGAGUAUGUAGUUGACAGUGACGACGAGUAG